CCAUUGUCGGAAACCGAGACCCGAGAAGGCCGCGCAGUCGCUAGUAGACGAUUCGACGGCGAACGGACGACCAGUUUGAAUUUUACGGCGCGGUAUUUUGAAGAUUAUUCGAAGAAGGAGAGUGGAUCUUGAGGUCUUUGACAAUGGCGGAUUCCGCUGAAGAAUUUGAGCCCUUGUUCGAUUACAGCCGCGUUCAGCCUCGCACGGUUGUUUGUCUCGACGACGAGGAUUCAGACACGUCUCCAGCACCUUUUUCCAAGCGAGCUAAGAUUUCAAAUCCGGCGGACACGAGUUCGGUGAAUGGUAACCCAAAGGACAAACAAGUUGUGGAAAUUGAAGAUGAAGAUUGGCUACCUCCUCCUCCGAAGGUAUCUGUUGAUGCAAAAGAUAUGUGUGGCGAAGAUUCCACAUUGAAGGCGUUAAGGUUAAAGAAGCAAGAGUUGGCCUCAGUUGCACUAUCAGCUGAAAACUUGUUGCGAGCCGUGGAGGAGUCUGCAAAAGUGGAUGUUGGAAACACGGCCCCGGCUUCCGUGGAUCUUGAUUUAGAUGACCAAACUCCAGUUGCUUCUAAAGAAAGACCCAAGAUUGUUAUUUCUGUACAAGACAAUGGCAAGGAAGAGCCCAAACAGUAUCGCCUGUUUAUGGAUGAGAAGCUGGGGCGGCUUUUCAAAUUGUAUGCAGAAAUACUCAAACUCGACCCUCAGAGUUUGGUUUUCACUUUUGAUGGGGAUAAAAUCAGCCCAGAAGAUACCCCAGCUGGCCUUGGCAUGGAAGACGACGAUAUGAUCGAAGUGAACGUCAAGCCGAGUUGAGUAAGGUGUGUUUUGAGUGCACAUUUUGUGAAUUAAUUCACCAGUUUUGGGACAGGAGACACACUUAGGGAAGGGCCGAAAGGAGGCCUACUUCAUACGUUUGUGCCAUAAGGUGAACAAAUCGCUUAUGGAAGGCCAUCAGGUUUCCUUUGGCUUUGUCUGCUAGAUUUGCUUGGUAACCGCAUUGUUAUCAAAUGGAAGAAUAAAGAGAAUACAUCAAAUUGAUUUGUAAUGUUUUCAAGUUUCUUUUUUCUUAUUUUU